UCAUUAUUCAUUCUUCGCACGUCUUCGUGUACAAUGCGGGUCUCAUUCGAUCAGAUCGGUUCAUUCUAUGCUAGUAUCAAAGUGCAUACUUGCUAUAGCUACUGAGAUCAUCCCCCGUCCAACAUCCACUCCCAUCAUCUGCCAUCAAAAACAAUCUGGCCAUUCCGAUUAAAAGGAGAGCUCUCAAUACUUGCGGCGCUAAUUACAACAAGGUCAUAUCUCAUCAAAUCGUGGCUAUCAUGGCCUUUCCUGCGUCAACUACUCCUUCAGCAGCCGCCCAUAAGCCGAGUAGUAGUGACAACCUGGCACGUGGCUCUUCCGUCCUGUCUUCUCGUCAAAGACAUGACAUCCUUUUUUAGCUACAUUGGGGGGAGUGUACACUGCAAAGUUGCAGGUUAGUUUCUGUGACAAGUGUCGUGGAUUCAGGGAAUUGCCUACAGUGGAGGGAUACAGCAAAGUCGCUGCCCCUGUUGGAUACACGAUGCAGACCUAGUUCGUCUGCCAUAUAUGCGACGGAGUUUUCCUUAUAUGUUCUUUCCCCAAUGAUAUCCAUUGGUUUAGCUUGUUCAUCCUCGUUCGGAAAUGCGUAUCGAGUCUCGGUGAGGUUGCCCUUCAGAAUCUUCAUCAAGCAGUGGGCGUUGCCGUGGUCGUGGAUAGGGGACCCCUUUCCAGGAGACCAUACGAGAACAAGCUAUCAAGGAGUCAGUCACGGUUCGGAAGGGUCAAAGUCGACUCUAGCAAGCUUACCAAAUUACUCUUGCCGUUACCUUCGUCAACGAGAUUACGGGUAUAUCCCCUACUGCGAUCACCGAAGGCAUAAGGCUUCCACAUGUUGUCAGAUCCGUCAUAUCCUUCCAUCAGUUGUUGAAGGAAGUCAACGUCAACAUCAUCAGAAGUCAAUCCCGAUGAUGGACCAAGGGCAUCCUUGAGUCGCAUCACGAGUUCGUCGAAACGAUUUUGCUGGCAGGGACCCACGUUGGGGAUUGUGCUGUGGCUGACGCCAAGUGCAGAGGGUUUGGUGAAGAUACCGAUGGCCAUGUUUGCUAUGCUGUUGAUGGUGCUUGGUUGUUUACGAUGAUAUUGAUGUUCUACCUCUUGAAUAUAUGGUAUCUGAGAAGAGGACAACAAAGACUCUGGGAUAAGGGGCGGGGUCAACACUACAUGGCCAUCCCCUUCCUUAUUCUUAUCGGUCAGAUCCGAUACUGACAAGCCGGCAGAUAGUGUCACCGACAUCUUGCUGUGGGUCGUAGAUUGCAACCGACAUCAUAUCUCGGGGCGGCACAGACAGGUUCAGUCGGCGAACGACACAGCAGCGCUGGUCCUGUGAACCGAUUUGAAGGUUCUGGUUGGAUGCGGCAACGCUAACGAACCCCCAGGAGUCCAACAAUGUACUGAGGUACCUUGCGGUAUACGGGUUGACGGGCUAGAUACCGCUUUGUCUGUAUAACACAGAGGUCACUUGUUACGAGUCUGAAGAUGCGAUGGGAGAAAUCACAAUUACGUGAGAGCGAAUGGUUUAUGGGGACUUCUCGACAAGCCAGUUUAUGUGUAAACUAAUACUUACUUUUUUUCUCGGGGACUCAAAUUCGCAUUAUUGCGACACCCGCUAUCGCCGACUUGAGCCACAUGUGGACCCAUUUAACGUUAGUAACUUGGCAGCUUGGAGUUCUUUUGGGCGGGAUUAGCGGUUCUCGGUGACUAUGAACAAAUCCAUCAUCGCCACGGCUGUGACGGCUUCGUCAAGGUAGAAAAAGCAAGAAAAACGAUGUUCCUUCUCAGCUUAUUCCCAUAUUAAAACUUAUUUCCUUUCGAUAAAAACAAUUUACAUCCUAUUGGGUUCUCAGAUUUGUGCCAUAUUAGCGGCUCUAGCGAUUUACCGUCCACUCUGAUUGGCUUGUGAGCCGGAAACUUUAGCUUUGCAUCGUCACACCCAGCGACCAGCAGCUCACGUAACAUCAGACACCCUUGAAUCCUCAAGAGCCGGCAAUAUGUCUGACUGUACCACUUCAACUCCGAACGGCGCGGUAUGUAGCGGCUCUACUCCUAAGCCUUGCGAAUCGACUCUGCCAUGCAAGGAGAAUACUGGCUGGAGGAGACUUGUACGCAAUUUCACACCAUCAUGGUUCGCCGUUUGUAUGGGUACUGGUAUCGUUGCCAUAUUGCUUCAUAACUUUCCUUACCAAGCAAUAUGGCUUCAGUAUAUCUCUUACAUGUUCUUCGCGCUUAACGUUGUUCUGUUUAUUGUCUUCCUUGGUAUAAGCCUUGCACGCUAUGUGUUGUACCCAGAGAUCUGGUCGGCGAUGCUUGCCCAUGCUGGCCAGAGUCUGUUCCUAGGAUGCAUGCCCAUGGCCUUUGCAACUAUCAUCAACAUGAUGGUGUUCUGCUUACAGCCAUGGGGAGAAUGGGUAAUAUAUCUAGCGUGGGCAUUCUGGUGGGUUGAUGUUUGGCUCUCCAUUGCCACUUGCAUCACGAUGCCCUUUAUCGUCAUGCACCGCCAUCGCCCUGGCCUCGAAAACAUAACAGCUGCACUCUUGUUACCCAUCGUUCCAGCAGUGGUUGCGGCUGCCACGGGAGGAAUCGUCGCAGAGGCUCUUCCCAAUCACCACCAUGCGCUAACAACUCUGGUGGCCUCAUAUGUUCUCUGGGGUAUCGGCGAGUUGUUCUCGGCCUGUGUCUUAGCGUUAUACUUCCAUCGGCUGACCAUUCACUCGCUUCCUCCGAAAGAGGUGAUAACGUCGUCUUUUCUCCCAAUAGGACCGCUUGGCCAGGGAGCUUUCGGCAUUCAGCAGCUUGGCAAAGUUGCUAUGCAGGUGCUUCCCAAGACCAAUGCUUUCGGUGAUGUUGCAGUUCGAGCUGGUGAGGUACUCUAUGUCCUUGGGGUAUUCCUCGCCCUCAUCAUGUACGGUUUCGCUCUGGUAUGGCUGGCUUUCGCCCUCAUCAGCAUUGCUACAAAACCCCCGUCGUUCAGUAUUGGUUUCUGGGGGUUUACUUUCCCACUCGGUGUGUUAGCAACCUGCUCGAACUUACUGGCAGAAAACCUUGAUAGCGAAUACUUCAGAGUUUCCACGGCGAUGAUAGCCCUCUCUGUGAUAUUGCUGUGGAUUGUGGUUGCGACUCGAACCGCCAAGCUUGCUAUCACAGGUGAAAUGUUUCACGCACCUUGCUUAAAGGAUCUUCGUGACAAGUCUCAAGCUGCAGGCUCAGACAGAAGAGUCUAGGUGACCUUCGUCUUUCUUGCAUCUAACAGCUUGACUAUGUACAAUAAAUUGAUAGACAACGGGGUCUUUCAUGAUACACACCAAAAUAAUGUUCAAUCCUCAAGGGGAAUGAACUCACGACUUAAUUGUCCAGAAUUCUGACAUCAAUUAUAUAUAGAACAAAAUAGUUAUAUUAUUCCUUUUAUCUUCUUUUGACA